UUUGCCCUUCCGUGCCAGGACUACGGCAUUGACGAUCCGGACUUCCGUUUCUUUCCCUUUCCGGUGUUGUUGUUUAUGCUUAUUACAUUGCUUAAUGAUGGGACCUUGAUGACGAUUGGAUACGAUAAUGUUGUGCCCGAGCAACGUCCUUUACGAUGGAAUCUACCUGUUGUGUUUACCAUUGCUUCUGUGCUUGCUGGUGUGGCGUGCGUAUCGUCCUUGUUGUUGCUUUGGAUGGCACUUGACUCUCACGACACCUCGUCGUGGUUUUACAAUCUCGGUAUUCCACCCGUGUCAGAAGGCCAGAUUGUGACGAUGUUGUACCUAAAGGUUUCCAUCUCCGACUUUUUGACGCUGUUUUCCUCUCGCACUGGCCCCAACUGGUUCUGGUCGUUUAGGCCCAGCCUUGUCCUUUUUCUUGGCGCCGUCGUUUCACUGGCAACUUCUUCUUGCGUUGCUUCCUUCUGGCCUGACAGGAAGAUGGACAACAUCACAGUCAUUGGUCUUUCACAUGGUGAUGGCACAGCGCACCGUCUGCUGCCACUCUGGGUAUGGAUUUGGUGCAUUGGCUGGUGGUUUAUACAGGAAAUUGUAAAGGUGCUGGCAUGCAAAGUACUGGAGAGAUUUGACAUAUUUAGCUACCGCACAAUAUCGGAAGGUAAAUGGCAGCCAUCUUCGAAGAAGAGAUGGCGUCGUCGUUCUCGUGGAAUGAGUCUGGGUGCCACUGACAAUGUUGAGCAGCCGCUUCUAUCGUAA